GAUGAAUUUCUCAAGGAAUACGUUCUUUUCAACACGAAUUUCUUUGAUAUUGCCAUUACCGAAUAGUUUCUCAUGUGUGAAAAUCCAUUUGAAGUGCUUUUAGGAGGGAGGGGAUCUUUCAGUGUACCUGAUGAGUCAGGCGCUUUCGGAAAGAAGCGCUAACCCGCGAAUGUAAUCCAAUCCUACCACAUAAACCACCGAAUGGUUUUAGAAGAACCGAAGUGAAGGUCGAAACCUGCACGAUUCCAUGCACAAUGCCCAACUCUAAACCUGCUAUCAACGUCGAUCAUUUCAAAAGCUCGACAACAAGUGAAUUGCCCGCUGUUUCAUCCAAUGUUAAAAAAUGCAGUUCUACGAGCACUUUACUGAACAUGGAUUUAGGCUGGGGAAGUGCCGGAAACCAUCGAAGUGACAGUCUAGAAAGUACAAGUACACAACACCACAAGCCUCACACUGGUGGCGAUGCUCGGUGGGAUGCUAUUAAUAUUGCAUCUUCGAGAGACUCUACACUCAGUCUUAGCAAUUUUCGUCACCUGAAACGGCUAGGGAAUGGAGAUAUUGGAAUCGUCUAUCUUGUUGAGCUUAUUGGAACCAGUGCCUUCUUUGCUAUGAAGAUGAUGGAUAAAAGUGCUCUUAGGAGUCGGAAUAAACUACUCCGAGCUCAGACAGAAAGAGAGAUUCUUAGUCUUCUCGAUCAUCCUUUCUUACCGACUUUAUAUCAUUUCUUUGAGAACGAAACGUUCUAUUGCUUAGUCAUGGAGUUCUGCUGCGGAGGUAACCUCCAUACUCUUCGGCAAAAGCAGCCCAAUAAGUAUUUUACAGAAGAAGCUGCUAGGUUUUAUGCGUCCGAAGUGUUGUUGGCGCUCGAGUAUCUACAUAUGUUAGGAAUUGUGUACCGGGAUCUAAAGCCGGAGAAUGUUUUAGUUCGAGACGAGGGGCAUAUCAUGCUCUCGGACUUCGAUCUAUCCCUCCGUUGCUCUGUCAAUCCAACGCUCGUCCCGUCAUCAUCCGUACACAUGGGGAAUUCCGGCGAUUCCACUGCCGGUGGCACCGGUGGCAUUUUAGACGACGACAGUGCCCUGCGCAGCUGCAUCCAGCCAACGGGAUUUUUCCCGCGCCUCCUCCCCAGCAAAAGGAACCGAAAAUCCAAAUCAGACUUCGGGUUGGCGAACAGCGCCAACCCGCUCCCGGAAUUACUCGCCGAACCCACGAACGUUCGCUCGAUGUCCUUCGUCGGAACCCACGAAUACCUCGCCCCGGAAAUCAUCCGCGGCGAAGGACAUGGCAGCGCAGUCGACUGGUGGACGUUCGGGAUUUUCCUCUACGAGCUCUUGCAUGGGAUCACUCCCUUCAAGGGCUCGGGCAACCGUGCGACAUUGUACAAUGUGGUCGGGCAGCCCCUCAAGUUCCCCGACAGCCCUCAAGUGAGCUCGAUAGCGAAGGAUCUGAUCAAAGGCCUGUUGGUGAAGGACCCGCAUAAGAGAAUCGCGUACAAACGGGGCGCAACCGAGAUCAAACAGCACCCGUUCUUCGAGGGCGUGAACUGGGCGCUUGUAAGAAGCGCCGCACCCCCUCACGUGCCCGAUCCUUUCGACUAUAGUCACUACACGACUAAAGAUUCAGACAAGAAGAUCGCGGUAGCGGACGACAACAGAAAAUGUAACUCUGCCGUCGAUCCUUCUUACGUCGAAUUCGAGUAUUUUUAGACUAUGUUUACUUCGUGUAAAGUUAUCCAUCGUUGUUUAAGUCCGUUCUUCGUCUUAAUUCUUCAAAGUACGUACAUUGCAUCUUGAAGUUUUGUUAUGUUUUGCUAUGGCAUGUACAAAUGUUCUUCUUGUUUGUUUAUA